UUCUUGUCCAAGGGACAAAGUGCUGGAGCAACCUGCAAUCAACUUUUUUUACAGCUACUAUCACAAUUUCUUAAUCGGACACAAGUCUAAUCUUUAAACCAAAAAAAGAGAAACUCGGUUACACCUACAGUUCAGCACUGGGGUUAAAAUCCUAUCGUAAUUGCCUGUUGGAUCUGGAGUUGCAUAAUUGUGCACGGCACAUAGAGCAGGCUCGGCAUCCUGCUGGUUCUUUUCAAAGCUUGUGGAAAAAUGUUAUGUGUUUUAUUAAAUUUGUAUGAACAGUAGAAAAACAAAAACAAACAAAAGUGAGUCAAGCUGUUACUGAUCCUGUACUGGGAAGCAUGCCUGGAGCCAAAGGUACUGGGAGAAAAAGAAAAAGGAAAGAUCUCUCCCGCUCUUCAAGCCUGCUGACCCCAAUGACCAUUGACCCCGGCUAUGUUGCUCCGCAGCAGAAAGAGCCCAUGAACCCCUUGCGCAUUUCCAUCGACAGCCUUCCCGUCCUCGCCUCCAUGACCAACUCCUCGGACCCGCGCUUCCGCCUCAAGUGGAAGACCAUUGUGGUGGUGUCCGUGCUGCUCACCCUGCUCCUCCUGUUGCAGCUGCAGCGCUCUGAGGGGGGCGCCAGGACCCAGCCCGAUGGCCCCCACAGCAGGCUGGUGAGCAGGGUGGCGAGGGAGCAUUACAACGACACGUACCCACUGAGCCCGGCUGAGCGGACCACGCAGGGGAUGCGGUACCGCAUCGGCGUGAUCGCGGACCUCGACACGGACUCCCACAGCAAGGAGCAGCAGCACACCUGGUUCAGCCUGCUGAAGAAGGGCCACGUGGUGGUGUCGGAGAGCGGGGACGCCCUGACGCUGGAGUGGGACAGCGAGGACACCGUGCUGGAGUCCCACUUGGCUGAGAAGGGCCGCGGCAUGGAGCUGUCGGAGCUCAUUGCCUUCAACGGGCGGCUGUACAGCGUGGACGAUCGCACUGGGGUGGUGUACCGCAUCGAGGGCAGCAAGGCCGUGCCCUGGGUCAUCCUGCCCGAUGGGGAUGGCAUCGUCUCCAAGGGGUUCAAGGCGGAGUGGAUGGCAGUGAAGGAUGAGCACCUGUACGUUGGCGGCCUGGGGAAGCAGUGGACCACCACCACUGGGGAGGUGGUGAACGAUAACCCCCAGUGGGUGAAGGUGGUGGGUUUCCGGGGCAACGUGGAGCACGAGAGCUGGGUACCCCAGUACAACGCCCUGCGAGCGGCAGCAGGGAUCCAGUCCCCAGGCUACCUGAUCCACGAGUCUGGAGCCUGGAGCGACACUCUGCAGCGCUGGUUCUUCCUGCCGCGGCGCGCCAGCUCGGAGCGCUACGAGGAGAAGGCCGACGAGCGGCGUGCCACCAACCUGGUCCUGCGGUGCUCUCAGGACUUCCAGGACAUCGCGGUGAGCCGCGUGGGGGAGCUCCACCCCACCCACGGCUUCUCCUCCUUCAAGUUCAUCCCCGACACCGACGACCAGAUCAUCCUGGCGCUCAAAUCCGAGGAGGAUGACGGGAAAGUGGCCACCUACAUCCUGGCAUUCACGCUGGACGGGCGAAUCCUGCUGCCCGAGACCAAGAUCGGAGACGUCAAGUACGAAGGGCUGGAGUUCAUUUAAAGAUUCUGUUUUUUUUUUUUCCUUUUUCUGUCAUAAGAUUCCUUGAAAUAACAUAACUAAUUGGUACUUCCUAGAGAAGGUGGGACUCUAGGUGUACAGUAACCGCCUUUGUCAGUGCCUGUGGCUCAGCAGAGUGGACCGGUUAUCCAGCGCAGAAUGUCCCGAGGUGGUGUUGGCCUUAUGAAGAGGACUACUCCCCAUCCCUGAACACACUGCAAUGAAGGACUACAGCUGAACACUUUACCUUUUGACCCUUUAUAUGAAGAUCGAUUACAAAAGUUUAUAUAAAUGUACAUCAAAAAAUAUCAUACCUGUCCUAAGAGUGGUGGAGAGAUUUUCUCAACCAUUGCACCUUCAAAGGCUCAACUACUCUUGCAACACUUUUUGUUAUUGUAGAAUUAUAUAUAUCUUUUUCAAACAUGGAUUUCCAUCAACUCGUUGCCAGUUUGGAACCUGCUUGUAAUAUUGCUGCUGAUUGUAGUUAUUUAGCUGAUCUGUUGUUGUUUAUUUAAUUGCUGAACUGGGACGGCACAUCUCCUUCCUCUCUCUGCUACCUUGAACACAUACCUGAACAGCUGCUCUUAAAUUUUUCACUGUCAUGUUGGCCACUGAUCCACACUCCCUCCCCAUGUCUUUGGCAUAUAUUACCAUUGCUUCAUGGUAAUAACAUACUAUAGCAAUUUCAUUUAUUGAACAAGCCUCCCAAGGUGCUUUACAAGCUAAUGGUAACAUGCAUUAACUUCUGGGGAUCUAUCUCACUAAUGUUCCAUCACAGUUGCAUAAAUGAUUAACACCCUUGGGGAGGCAGGAGCAGCACAGGUUUAUUCAGCAGAGCCUGCUGGCUUGAAACAGUCUGUAGUUUUUAAGCACUGUGGCUGGUAUGUACAUUCAGAGCGAUGAAUUAACCUGUGAAAUACUGAUGGACUCUGUCUCUGUCUGUCUGGCACAGCACAUUCACAAGUCACGAAGGUCAUUUCCUGACCAUUUGAAUUUCUCUUAUCUCCUUUUAAUAAAGUUUUAGCUCCA